GCUCGCACCCGGUUUUCUGACUUCUUCCAGCACAUGACCGGCAAUUUAAGCAACGAUGCGAAUGCUGUCGAGCAAGUCAGCCGAACACAGCAAUGAAAAAAAAUAAAUAUUUCGUACGACAAAGCAAAAAUUCGUCGCCAUAUUGAAUCCGAAGUGAGUGGUGUCAAGUUGUGUAGUGUACAGAGAAAAUUUUGCAGAUUUUCAAUUAAAUUUUACUUUUGAAAUUUGCAAUUACUAAACAAACAAUUAACCAUAAUAAAUUUGUGUUCAUGAUUGUAUGUGUGUGAAUGUGUUUUAAAGCACAUUUGCUUUGUGAGCAUACAGGCAAGAAUAGUGAUAAAAUUGGUGUGAUUGUUAAGCAGCAGUUUCAUGCAUAUGUCGAUCAGUGUGUGAACAGCAGCGUGUACCUGGCGUUGUGGAUUAUUGAAAAAGUGUUCGUCAAGAGUGAUUUUCGGCUGGUCAAUUGAUAUAAUUAACUAGAUUGUGUGCAGGGACUACACAGCAAAGGAUUAUAGCGUUAUUCGUGCUCAGAACAUAACCUAGACGUGUUACAUCGAGAUGGAGGCAACUACAACCGCAUCAACGCCAGCCCUGACGCAGGCAUCUUCCAACAACGACAAUGAUGAAAAUAUCGAAUUUGAUGCCAGUUUAUCCGAGGAAGAACGACGUUUCUAUCUCAGGGCAUAUCCCUCUGUAGAUCUGGUGCGUGAACGCAAGGUGCACUGCACUGUCUGUAAGACUCAUAUCGGUACAGCACCGAACCAAGAGGAGAAUAUCCGCAUGCAUCCGGUGUUGCGUGUAACACACUGCUUGAAAUGCCACGACUUCUAUAACAGCGGCGAAUUCAGUAAAGGCGAAGAUGGGUCAGAACUGUAUUGUCGUUGGUGUGGCCAAGGUGGUGAAGUUUACUGUUGCUCAAGCUGUCCCUACGUAUUUUGUAAAUCAUGUAUAGUUAAGAACUUGUCUCGCGGUGUGGUAGUAGAUAUUGAACAGAACGAAAAUUGGAAUUGCUUUAGCUGCGCACCGAAAAUACUUUGGCCAUUGCGUGCACAACAUUGGGCGCUAAUACGUUACAUAGAGAAACAAAAGAAGUAUAUCGAAGUGAAUCACACUAAUGAAACUGAAAAAAGAGCGCUACUGUCACAGGACCGUUCAACGUGCUGCCGUCUUGCCAAAUCGAAAUGUGGAAACAUGUCCGAUUCUAUGGAAAGUUUAGAUUCUGCAACAUCUCGACGCAGUCAAAGCAGUUCUAGCACAAAAAAGCAUUCAAAAUCGCCAGGUAGUCAUCCACAAGCACCCCCUGCCAAACGUAUGAAAAAUUCAAAUGAUGAAGUUGUUUGUACACCUGAUUUGCUGAGCAUGUUGGAGCCGGAUUGUCAAAUUACUGUACAACAGAAGACACGGCCAGCACCUUCACCCAUUACAUCAACACCGAAAAUUAUAUCAUUACAAACGCACUCACCGAAUAGUAGUGGCAUUACCUUGAAACCACACAAUAACACUCCACCACCAUUGGUACUACGCAACACCGGCAUACCCAUCCGACAUCCCUCGCCUGCACCAAUUGUACGGCGUACAAUUAUAGGUGCACGAAAUGCGCCAAUAACCGGAAAUCAUACGCCUGUUUAUCACACUAUCAAUGGUUAUCGUAUCGAUCUAAAUUCGGCAGCCCAACAAGAAACAUUCCGUUUGCCCAAUGGCAAACUGAUACAGGUGAAACGCCAGGGUACAAAUCAACCACAACCUACUACUACUCCAUCGCCGAGUAAUGCUUGGAUGCGCCAGGCAAGCCCUAUAACAGCUAUACAACAUGCUGCAAGUGGUCGCCCUGUACAAAUAACCCCAGCCCGAACAUAUUAUUCAGUAUCGCAACAACAUCAACAAAAUUCAAUGCAACAACCGCAAAUGAUACGAUAUAGUAAUACCACUGUGACGCCGGUUAGCGGUCAAAAUGGUGCUAUUCGAGGUACACAAAUACAAUUGAUUAAUGGUGUGCCUGUUGCGCCAACAGCUACGCCUGCAACGGUUAAUUCUGCAACUGCAGUACGUACACCGGUCAUGGUGCGUCACGUCUUUCCCGACACUGCCAUCGGUCAAGCGCGCUCCCAGUUACAGGAUCAGGUCUUCAAUGCCAUGGAGAUUUGCCAACAUCUUACUGGUAAAGUGCAAACACUGACCAACUCGAAUGCCUACAAACAGGCGCGCAAUUAUCUUGAAGUCAAAGAACUCUACAUACAUCUCUCAUAUCUGUUGACUUACGCGAUUGGGCGUUUUAAGGGAUUGCAGGAUAAAUGUUUGGGUGAUAUGCGACAAUUGGGAUUCGUUAAUGAUGCGGAUAGCCUGGAAAACGGACAGUUGGCGGCAGGCGUCGACUAUGUCCGUUACGGUCAACUUGAAGAUAUAGAUCUCUUCAAUACCAGCGCGAACAGUUUCCACAAUCAAGUGUAUGAAUAUCGCAAAAGUUUGUAUGCGAAUAUGGAGAAUGGCGAAGGCGUUGAUAAGAAACCGCCACUUUCACCGCUUAUGCCACUGGGGCAGCUCAAGCGCGGCGGCGCCGAUGGUGACGACGACGAGGAUUAUGGUGAAAAUGACGAGAUUGGCGAUAAUAGUUGGAUGAAAAAUACACUGGACGAGCCAACGAAUCAAACAUAUUAUGACGACGGUGUCGAUAUGACUGCCAAUGAGGAUGUGGAUGCCACUGCCGAUGCCGAUGGCGAUGAUGAGGAGAACGAUGCUGACGCUGAUGGCGCCGCUGAUUUCGAACAAUAUGUCGCACAGCAACAGCAAACGCUACGCUACAGCAACAAAGCACAUUAUGGCACUGAGGAUUACAUGAGCCAGGAGGAGCAAACACAUGCACGCGAUCGCAAACUGGCCAGACUCAUUGAGAAAUAUCCGGCAAUUUGGUGUACACGCCAUCCCGACUAUGGUAAUUUCGAGGUGACGCGCAAGUACUGGCGCAUCGUAGCGGCACACUUUAAACGCACCGAGAAUAUAAAGUUGCGCUGGAAGAAUAUACGUAAACGCUAUGUGCGCGUGGAGCGACGCAUACGCGAUGGUAAACGCUUCAACGGUUAUUUCGAUAAGACAACGAACUUUCUCGCCAAUCGCGAUCUGCCAGAAGACCAAUGGGUGGAAGUGGACUGUGGCAGUGACGAUGAUGAAGCACAGCACAUUGAACAUAAAAAGCCCACCGUCAUCGAAAAGAGCACACUAAAAGACGACAAAUUACAUGAUUGGAAUAAUGAUGAUAGUGUUGCGGACGCGGAAGACUACGAAACGUCGAGUGGUGUAAAAGCGUUGGAAGUGCAAGCGUUAGAAGUGCGCGCUUUGGAUUUGAAAAUUAUCAAUUUCGUCAAAUGUAAUCCGGUGUUAUGGCGCAAAUCUGGCGAUUCACAGUACAAUUCCAUCGAUGUGCAGUCGCGCAACUCGCUCUGGAUGCACUUAUGGCGGAGUUUGCGCUCCCAAAGUAGUAUGCUAAAUGAUCUAAAUUGCGAAGAUAUAAUGGAUCGUUGGUCGCAUUUAUAUGAAAUGUACAAGUCCUUCCGUUUAAAAACGAUUAAGAGCGAAAGCAAGCGCGCUAAUUUAGAAUUAAAAUAUUCAAAAUAUUUGGCAAAAUUAUCAUUUCUCUACAAAAUUGUCGAAGAAGAUUUACGCAAUGAGCAUUUAGAAAAUAUCGAUAUUGAUUUUAUGCAAGAGGUGACGGAGAACGACAGCCGUUUGCAGGACGAACCGGACGAUAAGGAAUUCAUGCUGCAGUUGGUGCGUGCUGUGCAGCGUUAUCCAUUGUUGUGGGAUAAAUUGAAUGUCGAUUACUACGAUCAAGUGUUGCGCUCAAAGUACUGGCAGUACAUUGCCAGUGAACUAAAGGAUUUUAAACGUAACGUUUCAACGGUUAAAAUGCGUUGGCAACUGGCUCUGUUUAGCUAUAAGCGUUAUAUGCGCGAACGUUUUACAUUCCCGAAGGAUAAACCCUUGCCAAAAUAUUGCCGAAGUUUACCAGUGGACGAAAUGUUUUUCCUCGAUUAAUUACCGCUACUAUAAUAAGCGCAAUAGAUCUCUAUUUAAUAUUAAACAUUUUUUAACUUUAAUAAAUUAGUGUGCGUUAAGUAUUAGUAUGCUAAGAUUUUAUAAUAAUUUUUAUAACACUAAAGUCCAAAUAAGUUCUAUUUAUUUGUUUUUGGCAUUUGAAAGUGUUUGCUGAUAUUACUACAGUUAUAAUUUAGUGCACUUAAGCAUUUUUUCAAUUAGUCAGUGCCAUUUAUGGUAUAGAAGUAUGAAAUUUGUUAAAAAAAAAAUUGCAAAAAAUCAAAGCAGUAAACACACAAGAAUUGUGAAAAACAAACAAAAUUGUUGAAAAUAUUUUUUUUUUAUAUUUAGUACGAAAAAUAUGCGAAAUUAUAGUCAUCAUGUUAUAAAAAAUAUAUGUAUUAAGCUAUGAUAUGCUAAAAAUACUUCAUUUAUUAAGCAGCUACACAUUUUUUUUUUGUUUUUUAAUAUUUAUUUUGUGUAUUUAAGUGCGAAACCAUUUUGUAAUUUAACAAUUCAUUAGUUAAGUUAUAUUUAUAUGUGAAAAUAAAUUUAGUAAUUCAUAAAUUAAAUAAUAAUGAAUGAAAUUUUGCGCUACAAAUCCAAAACUGCCUUUUUAUGCGCAAAUGCGUUAUAACAUAAAGUGAGGUUAUAAAAAUUUAAUAAAAAAAUUUUAUUGUUUAAAUUGUAUAAAUUUCUUAAAUUUGUAUACUAAUAUCUCUUUCUUCCCUCACCCAACAGAUAAACAAGCUAGUGACGAUGAGGAUAAUGAAAUCGAGAUUGUGGAACCUAAAACGGACACAAUUACGCUUGACUCGGACAAUGAAGACGAAGAGCCAGCCAAACAAACCGACACGCCUGAAACACCACAAUUAAUUACGAUCAUUAACACUGCACCCAGCAGCAAGUCUGCGUGUCAUAUCAGCCCAGAGGAUAACCGUCAAAAACUGAUAUUAAAAGAACAACUGACGCUUCCCAAAGGCACUACAAUUGUGCCUACUACACCAGUGCCGAGUUUGACUAAGCUGCCGUCGCUUUCCAACAGCAACACCAUUACCAUCAAAAGGCCCAAUGAUAAUAAUAAAAUGGAAGAGGUCGAUAUGAUGUCAGCGGCUAAGAAAUUUCUCGUUAGUCUUCUGGAAGUGGACUCAGAUGGUGGCGAGCAGCAACAACAACGCAAACAGCCUCGCAAGAAAACCACCAACAAGCCGAAUCCGACGCUGUUGAAGCAGAAGGAGAUGCUUGAACGCGAGCGCUUGGAAGAGAUGAAACGUAACGAUUUGAAACUGAAAAUGAAAUGCGCCAUAUCAUUGAAGAAGGCCGAAGAAGAAUACCCAUUCGCUAGAGAUAUGCUGCAACAGCACGAAAAUGAGUCAAAGACUGAAAUGCGCGCUAACGAAGCGCAGAGCGUGGCAAGUACAGAAGAGCAAUUGGAAGUGGCUGAAAGUACCGACGAUGCCGACACAAAGGAGCUCAACGAGAGUGAUGAAGCUGGAAAUGAGAAUGAUUCUGGUGAUAUGGAAAUACUAACGGUAGAUUUAGAGAGUUCCAUUGAUGAUGGUAAGGAGACCGAAAUAGUGUUGGAUGGCGAAAAAUCGCCAGCGCAGAAAUGUGUUGAGGUUGAGAAUAACGGUAAUGGCGAAAAAUAUACAAUUGUCAUGGAUGACGAGGAUGAAGGCAAAGAGAAAUCGCUGAUUAUCGAAGUUGAAGGCAAUAGCAGCAGUGAGAAGCAGUCACUGCAAGUGGUCAUCGACGAGAACACGGCGAACAGCAAUGACGAUAGCAACGAAAAGUGUACAAAAA